CGUGUACCUUACGAGUAUUGUUCUUGUCCAUACACGUAAUACGAUCUACGUUAUCGGAAUGAAUACAAAGUAAUAAAAUAUUGGACUAUAAAAUGUGCCAAUCAAUAUUUCUAUAAAAAGCUAUUUUCAGAAAUUUCAAGAGACUCAAUAAAUCGUACAUUAGCUAAUCAUUCAGUCAGAAAAUGGCGAGAUUAAACACCGACAUUAGACGAUUUGACGGCCCAAACUCAGGUUUUAAACACCAUGGAGAGAUUGGGUGCUUCUCAUUAGAUAUUACCAGGGAAUUUCAAGAUGAUACCCGCCAGCGGAAAUAUUUUAUUAAACCGUCAAAUUAUAACAAUGUUAGAUUUGAUCUGACAAAAGGAUAUGAGGGAAUGGUGAAAAGAGAUGAAUAUAAGAACGAACAGCUCGACCACAUUCUGAAAUGGAUACGAAUACAUGAGCAGAGAAUUACCCAAAUCGACUUCAUAUGCGACAGGAGUUUGUUAAAAAGGUUACUGUCUACGCUGUAUACGAGAAAAGAGGACUGGAAGUUCGCAGUGACUCUUCAUAAUGGCACAUACUACCUGUGUGACUAUCACACCAACCAGAAACUGGAACUAAAACAACAAAUGAUGGGAGGGAAGGACGAAGAGAUGUGUGCGUGGGGCUUCAAAUUCGAGCAGUAUCUUACCGCAAGUUCCAAAGAUUCCGUUCCAAAUCCAGACCUGCAAUAUAACAACUGUGAAGCCUUCUAUACUGUUGUGAAAUCCCAGGUCGGCGCCCACACACUAGUAUACUGUGGCGAGGUCGAUGCUGUACCGGUAAAUCCAGACGGGUCUAUGGGUGAACAUUAUGUUGAGUUCAAAACCACCUCACAUUCCUCACUGCAGAGAGGCAGUUUUAAAAGGUUCAAGCUUCUAAAGUGGUGGACACAGAGUGUUCUUGCGGAUGUUCCCGAAAUUGUUUGUGGGCUGCGAAACGAUGCUGGAAUUGUUACCAAGCUACAAACAUACAAAACUCAACAUUUACCAACGAUGGCCGGAGAUAUACCUGAUCCAUGGAGGCCAAAUGUUUGUUGGAACUUCCUGGACCAUCUUCUUGCCUUCAUCAAGUCUAAUGUGAAGAUAGAUGAUCCAAGGCUCGUUCACCUCCUAGAGUUUUCAGGCGGGAAUAUCACUUGUACCCGGCUUCCACCUGACUCCAAAUACACUUUCCUGCAUAAAUGGUAUACUCAGUAGCCUGUAUUAUGUGGAGGUUUGCCGCUGAUCCAUAUCAAACCGGUUCGAUGCAACGUGAUUGAUUUUGAUCAGGGCAGCUGAAAGAUUGAGAUUGCUACACCAUGUUAUAGACUUCAUAAAUACAAAAUGCUUGACAACUUUGACAACUUUAGUUUAAACUGUCCCUUGUUAAAUCGUUCCUAUUGUGCACGUCCCUUGUUACAUCGUUCAUAUAGUGCACGUCCCUUGUUACAUCGAUCAUAUGAUGUACGUCCCUUGUUACAUCAUUCAUAUGGUGCACGUCCCUUGUUACAUCGUUCAUAUGGUGCACGUCCCUUGUUACAUAGUUCCUAUGGUGCACGUCCCUUGCUACAUCGAUCAUAUGGUGCACGUCCUUUGUUACAUCGUUCCUAUGGUACAUGUCCCUUGUUACAUCGUUCCUAUGGUGCACGUCCCUUGUUACAUCGAUCAUAUGGUGUGCGUCUCUUGUUGCAUCGUUCCUAUGGUGCACGUCCCUUGUUACAUCGAUCAUAUGGUGCGCGUCCCUUGUUACAUCGUUCCUAUGGUACACGUCCCUUGUUACAUCGUUCAUAUGGUGCACGUCCCUUGUUACAUCGAUCCUAUGGUGCACGUCUCUUGUUACACUGUUUCCGUAUUUUCAUCCCAGUUUGGCGCGUCCGUAUUUUAGCUAGCUCAAUUUAUUGACAAAAUUAUGUUUAUGUUCAAUAAUAAAACAACUCAUAAACUCAAUAUUUAUCAAGGUUGAUAGUUCAAAUAUUCACAAAUAUGUAUUUCUAAGUAUUUGGUAACUCCUCCUCUGUAUGUUCCCUGUAAAAUAUUCUAUCAAAUCAUGGCCCAACGUUUCCUAGUAAUUCAACACCUCCUGUUUCCACUUUUUCUCAUGUCAAAUCCUUGGUCUAAAUAUCAUGCCAUUGACAUACAUCCGUAAGAGACUAUCAUAUUGUCCUAGUCAAAGUACCUGUGUUAAAUACGCCAGUCCAGUCUCCUCUGUAUCUGUUCUGGUUACAUGAUGGACGAUGGCGUUGUUCUUAUUUCUCCCAGGGGAGGUAAAUGGAGCUUCUCUGUCGUCCGUUUCUUUUAAAACAAGCAAAGACCCUAGUUAAUCUUUUCAGCUCUUAUUUUUCUUAUGCUUCUAAAUCUGAAACCUCGUCCAGUCGUUAACUGUCAAGACAAUCUUAGGCUAAGAUUAAAACGCAAGAACUUAAGAACUAUUAUAACAAAGUCUGAAAUUAAAUCGGGAAUAAACCUAUGCUGAUCUAUAAAUAAUUCUUGUCACCACCACAAUAAAACCGUAUGACUUUUCAACAUUUUUAACUCUAUUCCUCAAUUGUCGCUUAAGAAGAAAUUAAAACCUCUAAUAACAAAAACAUACGCUAGAACUGAUUAGAUUAAUAGCAGUAAAAAAUAAAAACAACAUUUUCCCACUAAUGCAUAAUUAGACGAAUGUAUUUACUGGACUUGCUCUGAUGUUUGUGAAGUGUUUAUUGUGUACUUCAUUCAUUAACUUUUGACACGAGUUUAAUCGGCAAACACUAUGAACUCCUAUGGAUGCUAAGUAUGCACCUUGCAGACCUUUUUAUAUUGUAACGAGCGUGAUAUGCUCAACAUCUCUUAGUCUGGAGUUCGUGUGCUCUCUGAGAUAUCUAACAAUACUUUGGGUACAGUGUUAACAUUUGAAGUAUGGUUAAUCCCUCAUUUACGGAAAUAUCAAAUAGAUAUAACCUUCAGAAUUAAAACAUAGUAAAUCAAACACGUCUGACCAAGAUAAUUAGUUUUUAAAUCUUCAACUUUUUUGGCAAAUUUACCAUCAAACUUGAUAAAAAGAGGGUUGAUUUUAACUUUUAAAUUGUAAAUUAUCCUUCUUUGGACGGCGAUAUUCCGAGGCCCCAUCCUAUAGUGAAUUCAUUUUGCAAUUGGUUAGAUUUGCUAGGUUGUGUUCGGAAGUGGUUGAGUUUUGUUCCUGUUGUUAUUUAAUGACUGGCCAUUGCCUUGUGCAGGGCUUUUUUUUUGAAUGUUGGACUCCUGAGCUUGUCCCUGUAAAUUUUAUUGCAUUAUUAAUUCUCUGUUCCAUAUUUCUCAGGAUGAGGGAAUGACAGGAGUUUUAGAAGUUGUACUGAUCGUGUUAUUUGUGCUUGGAUGUGUCAUACUUUCAUAAUAUAACAUCAACAUUUUUUUAUCAAUGUUGUCAAUAAGCAUCUGCAUGCUAUUAAUGUAAUGUGUUAUAUUUUUGCCGGUAUAUUUUCUUUGAAUUAUUUCUUUAAACACUUGGAUCAAAGUAUAUAAAAGUUAUGUAUUUGUGACACGACUUUGUAAGAAAUACAAUUUUACUAACAAUAUAGCUUUGUAUUUUCAUAUUUCUUGGAACUUAUGUUGUUAAUUUGUUUGUAAAAUCCAAAGAUCAGUACACAUUUGAGUGGCAUAACAAACCAAUAUAGAUAUUUUUGAAUUCCAUAUAUUAAUACAUGUAUACUCGUAUAU